ACAGAGGGCGCUGCGAGGCGGGCCUGAGAGCGGCUGCGGCAGGAGUUGGGGAGCAGCAGCAGCAGCGCCUACUGCUGCUGUUGCGGGAGGACGAAGAGGAGGCGGGGCGGCGGCGGCGGCAGCGGCAGCCGGGCGGGCAGGCGGGCGGGUACCGGCGGCGCGUCGCCCUCCCCCGCCGAGCUGCGUCUGGUGCGUGUGGAGCAAAGAGCGGCGUCCAGACCGACGGCUGACAACAGCCUUGGCAGAUCCUGGCAGCAGGCAGGCAGCGCGCAGGAGCAGCUCAUGCCCGGAGCACCGAGGGAGCAGCCGCUGCAGCGAGGGUGAAUGAGCCGCUCUCCGGCCGCCGCCUCGUUUCUUCAGCCGCGUUGGGCUCCGACGGCUGACCCUCUGCACCCAAGAUGGACGGUUUCGCCGGCAGUUUGGAUGACAGCAUUUCUGCAGCAAGUACAUCUGAUGUCCAGGACCGCCUUUCUGCGCUUGAACUGCGAGUGCAACAGCAGGAAGAUGAAAUCACAGUGCUGAAAGCAGCCUUGGCAGAUGUAUUGAGACGUCUCGCUAUCUCUGAAGAUCAUGUGGCAUCUGUGAGGAAAUCAGCACCAGGUAAAGGGCAGCCAGGCCUCCGUGAAGCUAUCUCUAUGUCCUGCAUCACCAAUGGAAGUGCAGGAGGCAGAAAAACCAGCCACAGUCCUUCUGUACCUAUUGCCAGGAAAGAAACUCUAUCAUCGGCUGCUAAAAGCGGUACAGAAAAAAAGAAGGAAAAACUUCAAGGACAAAGAGAGAGAAAAGAGGACUCUCAUUCUAAUGAUCAAAACCCUCAGACUCAAGCGUCACCUUCACCUUCUCCCCAGCCCUCUUCACAGACUCACCCAACACACAGGCAGACCCCAGAAGUCAAGAGCUCUGCUCCAGGCAAAAGUGUAAAGAGAGCUAUGACAAUUGACAAAUCACAUGGUGCAUGGGAAAGUUCAGAAGACAGUCGUAACAAAUUAAUGAGGGCAACUUCCGCAUCAAAGCUGAUAUCAAAAAGUGGCAAGAAUGCAGACAAACACAAAGAUGUCAUCGUCAGCCAAGCAAAAAUGUCAACCCGAGAAAAGAACAACCAAGAAGGAGAGUAUGUCAAGAUGUUCAUGCGGGGACGACCAAUCACCAUGUUCCUGCCUUCAGAUGUAGACAAAUAUUAUGAAAUCAAGACAGAGCUGCCUCCUGAGAAAUUAAAACUGGAGUGGGUCUAUGGUUAUCGUGGAAGGGAUUGUCGAGCCAAUGUUUACCUCCUUCCUACUGGAGAAAUAGUAUAUUUCAUAGCAUCCGUGGUAGUACUGUUUAACUAUGAAGAGCGGACUCAGCGGCACUACUUGGGACAUACGGAUUGCGUGAAAUGCCUUGCUGUUCACCCAGAUAAAAUCAGGAUUGCAACUGGACAGCUAGCUGGAGUGGAUAAAGAUGGAAGACUUUUGCAACCACAUGUUAGAGUGUGGGACUCAGUGAGCCUGAUGACGCUGCAGGUUAUUGGCCUUGGGACUUUUGAGCGUGGAGUGGGAUGUCUGGAUUUCUCAAAAGCAGAUUCAGGUACACAUUUGUGUGUGAUUGACGAUUCUAAUGAGCACAUGCUGACUGUCUGGGAUUGGCAGAAGAAAUCAAAAGUAGCAGAGAUAAAGACUACAAAUGAAGUUGUGCUUGCAGUAGCGUUCCAUCCGACUGAUAAAGACACAAUAAUAACAUCUGGCAAAUCUCAUAUAUUUUUCUGGACCUGGAAUGGCAAUUCUUUAGCAAGGAAGCAAGGGAUAUUUGGUAAAUAUGAAAAGCCCAAAUUUGUUCAGUGCUUAGCGUUUUUGGGAAAUGGAGAAGUUCUCACUGGUGACUCAGGUGGGAUACUGCUUAUAUGGAGCAAAACUACUGUAGAAGCCACGCCAGGGAAAGGAUCCAAAGGUGUGUAUCAAAUAAGCAGGCAAAUCAAAGCUCAUGAUGGCAGUGUGUUUACGCUCUGUCAAAUGAGGAAUGGAAUGCUGCUAACUGGAGGUGGGAAGGACAGAAAAAUCAUUUUAUGGGAUCAUGACUUGAACCCUGAAAGGGAAAUAGAGGUUCCUGAUCAAUAUGGGACAAUCAGAGCAGUGGCAGAAGGCAAAGCAGACCAGUUUCUACUUGGCACUUCAAGGAACUUUAUUUUGCGGGGAACGUUUAAUGAUGGUUUUCAAGUAGAAGUACAGGGCCACACAGAUGAACUCUGGGGCUUGGGAACGCAUCCCUUCAAAGAUCUGUUCUUAACGUGUGCUCAAGAUCGGCAAGUUUGUAUGUGGAACUCGGUGGACCACACGCUGGAAUGGACCAGGCUGCUAGAUGAACCAGGGCACUGUGCCGACUUUCAUCCAAGUGGAACGGUGGUAGCAAUAGGAACACAUUCAGGAAGGUGGUUUGUUCUGGAUGCUGAAACAAGGGAUUUGGUUUCAAUACAUACCGAUGGCAAUGAGCAGCUCUCAGUGAUGCGCUACACAGUAGAUGGCAACUUGCUUGCAGUGGGAUCCCAUGACAACUUCAUUUACCUCUACAUAGUUACAGAAAACGGAAGGAAGUACAGUAGAUAUGGAAAGUGCACUGGACAUUCCAGCUAUAUUACACACCUUGACUGGACCCCGGACAAUAAGUACAUAAUGUCAAACUCGGGAGACUAUGAAAUACUAUACUGGGACAUUCCAUCCGGCUGUAAACUAAUCAGAAAUCGUUCUGACUGUAAGGACAAAGACUGGGCAACAUACACUUGUGUGCUGGGGUUUCAAGUAUUCGGAGUGUGGCCUGAAGGAUCAGACGGAACAGAUAUAAAUGCUCUUGUCCGGUCCCACAACAGGAAAGUUAUAGCAGUUGCUGAUGACUUUUGUAAAGUCCAUCUAUUUCAGUAUCCCUGCUCCAAGGCAAAGGCCCCGAGCCAUAAAUACAGCGCCCAUAGUAGCCACGUGACAAAUGUCAGCUUCACUCAUAAUGACAGUCACUUGAUUUCAACUGGAGGCAAAGAUAUGAGUAUCAUUCAGUGGAGACUUGUGGAGAAACUAACUCUGCCGCAGAAUGACAUUAUGCUAGAAAUGGGUACAACCAAAGUGCCUGUAAAUGCCAAUGAAAGCUUUGUACAGCCCAGCACUCCUGUUCCCCUUAUUCAGCCAUUUGAUGAAAUGGCUGCCCAUGAAAGCGUAACAGACGGUUCUCCCGCAUCUUUGGAAAGUAAUCUGGAGCAGACUGUGGAGGCCAAUGAGGAGCAGAACGAUGAGCAAAGUGAGGGGAGCAGUCUCGAUCCAGGGGAGCCCAACUGUGAAGAACCAUCUAAUGAAAUGAGCGAGGAGCAGAGUGAAUCCACAAUAACUGAAGACCAGCAAGAAAACUCUCCAGUGUCUUAACAGCUCAAACUCAAGAUGGUCUUUAUAUUUUUCCCUUCUUGUGCAUACUUUUGUAAAGGGGAAGAGGGUUCAAGUAGGGGAGGGGAAGCAUCUCUGAAUAGGGAGUGCUCCAGUUGUUGGGUUUCAGUUGAAGACUUCAUGUUUUUUUCUGUUUUUCAGUGUAUGGAACUAUUGCAAGGAUCCAUCUUGACAGUUCCAGUCAAGAGCUGGUCCACGUUGUAGGAUGUAACCAUAGACUACAUGAAAUUUUAAUUGCUGUCAGAAAGAGGCAUGAUGCAAAUGACUGGCGGGGAUAGGGAGGAAGGAGGAAUCGACUCCAACAGAAUGCUAAGAGAUAAACCACCAGACUUCUGUUUGUUGUUAAGGUUCUUUCACAGAAGCGCAGAGUAAUAAUCUGCUGAGUAAUGCAUCCCAGGUGCAGGAAAGCUAAUAAAACCGCAAGCUCUUUAUGGAGCUCUUCUUUCUUUUUUUAUAUUAAAAACAGAGGGAGAGGAGAAGUGGACAGCAUCACAAUAGAGCCAUAGAGUGCAUUGGACUCACAGCCUUCUUGAUUAACACCUAUGCAAUUUUCUAACACUACUUAUUCCUACUAGUCUUUGUAUAUGCUCUACUCUGGGUGCUGCUAGCUCUAGUGCUACUCGUAUUAAGGAACACUUCUUGUUGUUCCCUGAUUAUGGAUCUUAAAAACCAAUCUUAGACAACAAGCAUUGCUUAGUUUUUAAAUUGAGAACCCACGGUAUGAUGUCUUUCCAAGGAGCUCCUUGCUUAGACGUAUUGAAACUCAAGAACACCCACUGUGACGUCGUAAACUGACUUGACUGCAUGAUGGUGAAAGUUCUAAUUCUCGGGUUAAAACUUGGCCCUCAUCAAUAACUCAUUCCCUCAAUAAGAGGCUAAAUACGAGAGGAAAACCAUUAAGUUAUGAAAUGUGGUGCUUGGGAUUAAUGUAUUAAAUCAGUAACUUGCAAAAACGAUGUAGGGGUGACCAUAAGAAUAAGAAAAUUUAAAAUAGGCUCUUUUUACAGCCUUUUUUAAAUAGCUGUAAUAUAAAUGUCACAUUAACUCAAGAUUAUGUUGGAUAUGUUUGGAUUUUGUGUGUGUGUGUGUGUGUGUGUGUGUGUGUGUGUGUUUCUUCCUCUUGUCCAGUUGCUGUAAGCCAUGCAGCUCUGAGAUGGCUGGACCUGGCCAGUUAUGGGAUACCAUGGCAUUUUGUUAUGCUUUUGGAAAAAUAUCUUUUUCAAGAUUUACACCAAAACAAAAAAUACAAACCCGUCAGCUACAUUUUUCUUAAGUAUCUAGAGUUUCCUACGUUUAAAAAGAAGUUUGCUGAAAAAAAUUCCUACUUGUUUAUAUUUUGAUUACAUAGGAUCUCUUUUUUUUUAAACUGUGCUGGUAUUUUAGGGUUUAGUUAGAAAUCGUGUUUAGAAACUUUGGAUGAGUUUAAGUCUUAAGUGUGCAAGCGUUUACGUGAUUGUGCCAUUCCAAAGUGCACCAGAACUGUCAUUCCCUUCUAGUAUCUUCUCAGGAGUAAAUGCUACAGAUCAGGUAUCUAUUCAUCAUUGGUAACAUUAAACGCAAAUGGACUCCCAAAGGACACAUACAUAUGUAUAUAUCCAUAUAUAUGUAUCUCCUCUUGUUUACAUCCAUUCCGGAAAACCUCAAAAUAAUUCUCUUCAAAUAGAGAGAAAUGGAUUCCAAGCAACCCAACUGUGUUUCCCCCCCCUUUUUUUUUCUUUUUAACUGUGCUCUGUUAAAUAGUAAUGUUGUUGGAUAGCUCUCAUUUGAUGCGCAAUUUUGUCAAAUAAUGUUGAUAGGCAAUAUAGAUGAUUGCUUCAGUGAAAUGUAUUCCUUAAAAGGAAUAUACUAAGGGCCAGGGGUGGGGAAGUACUUCUGUAAUGCUUAUCAAAGCUAACAGGGCAUGGAGCUCUCUUUCAUCCUCAAUGAAUACCAUAAAACAGUGCAUUUUCUUUGGAAAUAUCUAUUACCUUGGGGUUGCCAUGUAAAGUGAGAGUUAAUUGUUGUGAUUUUCUCAUGUUAUAGUUAAAAGGACUUUUUCUAAUAUGCAAAAAAAAAAAAAGCCUUACAGCUUUCAACUGCUGGCAACUACUGUUUAUCGGAUAAGAAAAUCUGUGAUAAUGGAUGAAAAUGGGUGGGAUUAUGUUAACUGUAGACGUUCUAGGGGAAAAUUGUGAAUGAAAUAUGAUUUAAGAGUGUGUUAUGUGAAGAUGUUUGAGCCAUUUCUGUCUAUCAUGCAUUCCUGUCUCAUGGCAGAAAAAAAUGAAGAUUAAAAAAAAAUAAAAAAUAAUCAAAAAACGCA